AUGGCUGACCUCGCCAACGAGAAAGCUGCCUUUGACCAUGCCUCCCUCAAGGGUGGUGCGUCUACCGUGGAGCAAACACCUGAGGAGUCGGAGGCUACCAAGAAGCUUUUGCGCAAGUGUGACGUUCGAUUGCUUCCUCCCCUGAUGGUCAUUUAUUUCCUUUCCUUUAUGGAUAGAACCAAUAUCGGCAACGCAAAGAUCCAAGGAAUGACGGAGGAUCUCAAGAUGACUGGUGCCGACUACAACAUGGCUCUCUUCGUCUUCUUCAUCCCUUACAUCAUCUUCGAAGUCCCGUCCAACAUCGUAAUCAAGAGAAUUUCGCCUUCUCUUUGGCUAGGGGGAAUCACCGUUCUCUGGGGCAUCUCAACUAUCGGGAUGGGCCUCGUCAAAAACGUACCCGGUCUUAUCGCUUGCCGCGCACUUCUCGGCUUCUUCGAAGCUGGAAUCGUCCCAGGCUGUGUCUAUCUUAUCAGCAUGUACUACAGACGCUACGAGGUUCAAUGGCGCAUGUCGCUGUUCUUCAGUGCUGCUAUCCUGGCGGGCGCCUUCUCUGGCCUUCUGGCGUUCGCUAUUGCCAAGAUGCAUGAUGUCGGUGGCCUUGAAGCAUGGCGCUGGAUCUUCAUCCUCGAGGGACUUCUCACAGUGGUGGCCGGUGUCAUUUCCAAAUGGUGGAUUCCCGAUUGGCCAGAGACAGCUUCGUUCCUCAACGAUGAAGAACGAUCUAGACUUGUCGCUCGACUAUCCGAUGAUGCUGGUGAUGCCAGGAUGGACCAUCUCAACAAGGCAGCUUGGAAGAGGAUCUUGACCGACUGGAAGAUCUAUCUCGGCACUUUGGCAUACUUUGGUAUUGUCAAUAACGGAUACGCUGGCUCAUUCUUCAUCCCUACCAUCCUCCGAGAAAUGGGCUACGCCGCCGAGCGUGCACAAGUACUCACUAUCCCAGUUUACGUCGUUGCAACCAUUGGCUGUCUUUCAUCCGCAUAUCUCGCCGACCGUAUCCGCCAUCGCUACGGCUUCACCAUGGUUGGUGUCGUCAUGGCCAGCAUCGGCUACAUACUCCUUCUCCUUCAACACCAAGUCCCCACCGGAGCACGAUACUUUUCGCUCUUCCUUCUCGUCACAGGUGGCUACAUCACGCAGCCCGUCAUUCUCGGAUGGUUGUCCAACACCAUGGGCGGGCACUACAAACGCUCCAUUGCCUCAGCAUCGCAAGUUGGCUUUGGCAAUCUUGGUGGCAUCGUCGCUUCGAAUGUCUAUCUUACACGUGAGGCUCCUGAGUACUGGACUGGACUGGGAGUUAGUCUUGGUAUGGUGUGGAUUUGUGGUAUUUCUUGCACUGCCUUCUACUUCCUUGCGAUCAGGGAGAAUAAGAAGAGGGAUCGUGGAGAGAGGGAUCAUAGACUUCAGGCUGCAGACGCUGAUAACUUGGGCGAUGACCAUCCUCACUGGAGAUAUGCUACUUAG